AUGAACAACCUGUGGCGAAGGAUCGGCAAAAGGAAGAGCAGCAGUAAAUCGUCGUCAGACAAAAAUGCGACUCAGGACAAGCUGGUUUUGUUCGGGAAGACCCAAAAAAAGUUCGAUUUGGAGGAUCUUUUGAGGGCCUCUGCGGAGGUGUUGGGGGGAGGGAUGGCCGGCAAGACUUACAAGGCUGGCCUGAAGAGCGAGCUCAACACGGUGGUUGUGGUGAAGAGGCUCAAGGAUGUGGUCUUGUCGGCAGAGGAUUUCUGGUACGCGGUCGAAGCUUUGGGAGCGAUGGACCACGAGAACCUGCUCCCUCUGAGGGGUUACUACUACAGCAAAGACGAGAAGUUGCUCUUGUACGAUUACAUGCCCCUGGGAAGCUUGUCGGACCAAUUGCAUAGAUACAGGGAAUCGGGCCGGACUUCCCUGAGCUGGGAAGCCAGGCUUUCCAUUGCCCUGGGAGCUGCCCGGGCCAUCGAGCACCUGCACGCCCAUGAUAUCCCCCACGGGAAAAUCAAGUCAUCCAACGUCCUCAUCUUUCUGUACUACAAGGCCCGGGUCUCCGAUUAUGGCCUUGUGCCCCUCACAAGGUCUGCCCUGAGGGGUGGGACCCACCCAACAAUGGCAGAGGACGUGUACAGCUUCGGGGUAUUACUUCUGGAGCUCCUGACCGGGAAGCUGCCCAGACAGCUCCGCCUAUCGGAGGAAGGUGUAGAUCUUCCUGCGUGGGUCCAGUCAGUUGCUCGUGAGGAGUGGACUGCUCAAGUUCUUGAUGUGGAGCUGCCCACGAUACAUGACGACGUCGUCCAGGGGAUGAUUGAGCUCUUGGACGUGGCGAUCAGAUGUGUAUCCUCGAAUCCGAAUGGGCGCCCUUGGAUGUCCGACGUACGGAAAAAGAUCGAGGAGCUGUGUAGCCAUGGCGGACAGCAAGAUGGGGACUCGCAGCUCAACCAAUUCAGCCAAGUGAACAACGAUAUGUAUCCUCGGAAACCACCAGAUGGGGUUCUAGAAGUUUCUGAAAGAGUUUAUGGGUACCGUAUUCUACCUACUUUAUUUUGCUUUAGCGUUCUGGUUUCACUGAGCUGGUAUUUAUGGCCUCUACUUUUUGUAUUCUGUGAUUUACCUUCUCCUGGGACAAAGUCACUUUUGAUUAACUUUGUCUACCAAUUGUUAUUAGUUCUGGCCACAAUCCACAGCUCUUCUGUGGCAGCUGAGAGUCUACACAGGCAUUACUUGACAAAUCUAUAG